AGGACGCGCCGGUUUGGUGGAGCCCAUGGCGUCCGAGCGACUCUCGAGCCGGCCUGCCUGCCUCCUCGUGGCCAGCGGCGCCGCAGAGGGUGUGUCUGCCCAGUCCUUCCUCCACUGUUUCUCGCUGGCCAGCGCCACCUUCAACCUGCAGGUGGCCACCCCUGGGGGGAAGGCCAUGGACUUCGUGGACGUGAAUGAGAGCAAUGCCCGCUGGGUGCAGGAUUUCCGCCUCAAGGCAUAUGCCAGCCCUGCCAAGCUGGAGUCCAUUGAUGGUGCCAGGUACCACGCCCUCCUGAUUCCCAGCUGUCCCGGGGCGCUGGCCGACCUGGCCAGCAGUGGCUCCCUGGCCCGCAUUCUCCAGCAUUUCCGCUCAGAGAGCAAGCCCAUCUGUGCGGUUGGCCACGGCGUCGCAGCCCUGUGCUGUGCUACCAACGAGGACCGAUCCUGGGUCUUCCAAGGCUACAGCGUCACAGGGCCCUCCGUGUAUGAGCUCGUCAGGGCGCCUGGCUUUGCCCGCCUGCCCCUCAUCGUGGAGGACUUUGUGAAGGACGCGGGCGCCAGCUUCAGUGCCAGUGAGCCUGAUGCCGUGCACGUGGUGCUGGACCGCCACCUCGUCACGGGCCAGAAUGCCGGCUCCACUGUCCCAGCCAUGCACAACCUGCUCUUUCUCUGUGGCAGCCGGAAGUGAGAUGGCUUCCCGCCCGCCAGUGGACGCCGCCGCCUCUAGACCGCCCAGGUGUCCUUGGAGAUGGCUGGAUUCCUCAGGCCUCCAGGGACCCCGCCUCUGUGACAGCUCUGGAGAGUGACUUUCAGACACCCCAACCUGACCCGGUGGGAUUGUUGGAGGCCCCCGAGAAUCAGCCCUGCAGAGUGUCAGCUCUGGGGGAGGGGUCGACCUCCCAGCCCCCAGGCCAUUUGCUUUCCUUGGGACGGAGCGGGGGGCUCAGGGCCAUCAGGUGCUCACUGAGAAUUUCAUGUGAGCUUAGCACGGAGAGCUGGUCCAAAUGAGUCGGCCGUGGGGGUCCUGGUGUGGGUCUUGGCCCCUGUGGUCUUCCUGCGCACUGCCGGCUGGCCCCUCCCCUCUGCCUGUCCCUGGCCACCCAGGCUGAGCCUCUCUGGUGGCACCAGGAUCCCGUUUUGUGCGGUGAGGACUGCCCAGGCCUCUGUGCUGCCCCCCAUUCCUCUGGGUGUCGGGGGAGCUGUGGUCUGGCCGCUGGAGCUGGCUCAGCACUUUCCACUUCCCAAGGCUGGGGGGCGGGGGGGCUUGUGUUGGACGCAAGCUCCCGGCCCCCAGACCAGCCCCAGAUCUCCCAGUGCUGAAGGAGCUGCCCUAAUUUUAAUCCUUGUCUGGUGUAUGGUUUCAUGGUGACACCACGUGAGGUCGUCGGUUCUGACGUUGAGAGAAACAUGUUUAAUCGGGUCUUCAGGAAGCCGCGCUGCUCACCCAUAGCCCUGCCCGCGUGGCCUGUGGGUUUGUAGCUGCUCCAGGGCUUUCGAGGUAGACGUGACCAAAGCACGGGCCCUACUGGGCAAGAGGCCUGGGGAGCAGCCACCCUGGGUCUACAUGUGGGGUGCCGGUCGGUCCCCACCACCCAGGCCUCGACAGGCCUGUGCUGGGGAUGCUCCUUCCUGGCAUGGCUGGAUCACCCUCUGGUCCCGGGGACCAGCCUGGGCUGUGGCCCUUGGAUGGGGCCUCCGGAAGCUGGGCAGCUCCUCUUACGGGCCCCACUUUUGCUUGUUCCCCACCCCGACUUGGCUUGUCUGGCUCUGCUGUAUCCAACCCCUCAGAACAGAGGAGGAGGGAGGAGGCGAGGCCCCCCCCGAGUCCCUGGCUGCUCCCAGCACCAUAGAGCGUGCAGAGAUGCUCCCACCCUCUCGGUUGGAUGUUUUCGGGGGGGACCGUAUCAGGAACUCCUGACGCCAUGGCCAGGCUGGCCGGCUCCACCGAGGCCUGGGCCCUACUCCCUGCCUCAGGUACCGCCACAGGGUGAUCGAUGUCUCUGGGCAAAAGCUUUUUUACAGAUCACGCCUUCUGGGCUCCAUCUGUGUGAUCUGCGAAGAGCUAAUAACACUUGCCAAGAUCGGCCGGACUACUCCAGGGUUCCACAUCAGGGUGCAGGGCGGGCGCCCUGGGUGGCCGUGGCGGCGCGCUCCUGGCUUUGCCAGGUGCGGGGCACAGGGCUGGGGCAGCCUUCAGGCUUAGAGAGGGUGCGGACACUGCAGGCUGGCUGCCGCUCUGGGAUGUCCCCACGUGCCGUCCGCCCACCAGAAAUAACCAACAGCCCUACAGGAGUGACCCCCGAGUGUCGCGGCAUCAUCCACGGUAACAAACACUUUAAGCAAAUCGUAGUUUCCCUGAGUGUUUACCAGACAAUGCUAAUAUCCGCGUGGUAGAAGGUGACUUGGCCAGGGAAAAGAAUAAAGUCCUGGUAACAUUGCACAGACUGAA